AUGCGGCACGCUAUCUUGGUUCAGUGGCCAAUGGCAUCAGCCGCUUGCAACCGGGCAGGCAGCAUCGGGGGGCGCUUCCGCUUUUCUGGCGUCCGUUCAAUCUUGGCUUCCCCCGUUCCGCCGUUCUUCCCCCUUCCCUUUGGCCCCCCAUUUUCCCCCGCCGUUCUCCGUCCCCCGCGUGUCUCCAAUUCCCAAGCUGCCGUACCGCACCGCACCGAAAACCCGUGCAUGGUCGAAGAGGCGCGCAGAGACCAGCGACACCACCGCAUCACCCCCACCGGCUCCGUAUCGGCGCCCACUAAGCCGAACCACGCAAUCUUCUUCGUUUCCUCAGUCGCAAACAACCUGCGUUUCUUCGAGCCCCGGCCCGCCAUCCGAAUUGGAGAAGCCGAAAGCAGAAUUGCCCCGACGAACUGGAGAGUCCUUGCCGACUUUGAACUGCAGUCUCCAGAAGGCAGCAGCUUACCAACCAACUUGGGCCUCAUUGUGGAUCUCCCGACCGGCUCUUCGCGCCGUGCAUCGCAUCGUAAGCUCCCGCUUGCAACCCGGUUCAUUUUCCCAAACGUCAACUGCGGUCAAUUUUCAACCUCGGAAUUCGACCAGCGAAGAUAA